AUGAAGCCAGUGGGUCACCGCACUCUGGACUGGAUUUGUUCAGCAUUGCUCCUCACAGUCAUAUUGCUCUCCUCAGGAUACAUAAUCUAUGCAUCAACUGGAGCUGCACAGUGAUAGCUAAGGAAGGAAUACCUAGUCAAAAUCUUCAAGAUUAAUGAAAAUUUGUAA